AUGCGCGGAUAUGACCGCGAUCAGGACACCUUCAGGCCUGCCGUCCUGGGAUUCAGAAGGAGGGGGACUGUGAGCACCGGUGGUUAUCGGGUCAUUGGGCGGGAGCAGCACCAAUACAGGCAGGAUGGCGGCCACGAUCACAGGCGGCAAUCAGCACUGGAUCACAGACAAGACACACACGAAGAGUCAAAAGAGGAGGAUGCAGCUGCUAAGGUGGCAGCAGCAAAUAAGCUCAUCACUAACCGCUGGGAAUUCAACAUAGACAUAUCUGCAAAGUUGCUCAAUGACAAUACGGACUUCCUAGUUGUUGGUGUGAUUGGCGGACAAGGAGCUGGCAAAUCGAGCAUUCUUAAUUCAAUCUGUGGCUUCUCACACUUUCCCAAGCAGUCCAGAGGCACUGCAUUCCCUGCAGCUGCUUAUGAGCAGCAUUUAUCAGGGAAGCAUUGCACUGUUGGAGUUGACAUCAGGAUGAGCAGUGAUCGUGUGAUUGCACUGGACACCCAACCUGUGCUUUCGGCAUCCCAUCUGCUGGAGCUGUUGGACAGCCCGAGCCCUUCCAUGGAGAUCUCCAGGGCACUCACUGUCUCAAGUGGCAGGGGCACUCGGCCAGCUGAAGCAUCUGCAGAGGGUGUGCAGCUGAUAAUGGCCAUCCAAAUGGCUGUUUUUCUGUUCAACGUGUGUCAUGUGGUUUUGGUGGUUUCCAAUUGGAUGGGUGAUAAUGGGCUACUGGAUUUGAUAGAGUGUGUUGACAUGUUCGCACCUAACAUUGCCAAGGGCAUGUCCCAGGCUGGCGUUUCCAGAGUGCCACACCAGCUGGCAAAGGCUGUGUUUGUUAAGUCAAAUGUUCCUCCAAUCGACUGGGAGGCAUCCAAGGUUGCAAGAGUACAGAGGCUGCUGCAGAACAAGAUUGGGGAGUCAAAAUUUUGUAUUGGAGGCCACGUGUCCUGCUGGUCUGACACUCGAUUGCAGAUGCCGAAAUCCUUGGCAUACAUUCAAAAGAAGGAUCAGGUCAAUUUUUUUGUGCUGCCACAAGCUCGACGCAGCAGAAGAGCUGAAGCACCAGAGCCCAGCCAACACCAGGUCAUGCUGGAUCGCUUGAAGCUCCAGAUCUUGGGUAUCAAUCCUUCCCGGAAAUUUGACCACGGUAUGACAGAGCGCGAGUGGUUUAGGUGGUGUGAAAGUGUGUGGCAAGGAGUUCAAAAGGACAACAUCAUUGCGGAGUGCUACUUCAGGCUGCAACAGACCAUUUUUAGCGGUGGGGGAGGGUGGUAA